AUGCCUAGUGUCUCGCGCCGCAAGAAUCCGAUCGUCUCCCGCCGCAGAGGCAAAAAGGAGGAUGAAGAUGAGGAGCUAGGUGUUGAGGAAGACUCCUUUACUGACGACUCGGGAAUCAGUGACGAUGAUGCUGCGACGGAGGGGUCACUGACUGAUGAUGAGGGCGACGAGGCGGACGAAGGGGGCCCGGUGGUGGUCAACGGCGCCGGGGAUCAGCAGCAACAGCAGGCGAAGGGGAAUGGGAAAUCUGUCCUUGUCGUUGGGAAGGCGCUGAAGGGCACCAAGGUGCAUGCGGUGAGCGGGGAGACGGAGAUGAUGCUGAAUGGCAUGCGGGGCACGGAAAAUGCGGAGGUCGUGGAGUUCACGGACAUGAAGGAGGAGGAGGAAGGAGAGGGCGAGGAGGGUGCUACGGAGGCGACGCCACAGGACCAGGGAGGCACGGAGGAGGAGGCGCCCCAGGAUGGGAAGACACCAGAGAAGCCCCAGGAUAAGAGGCGUGGGGACCACGAGGAUUACAAGAAGCGCAGAGACGCCGACCCAACGUUUGUACCCAACAGAGGAGGGUUCUACCUACAUGACCAUAGGCAUGCGGAAGGGAGCAAUGGGUUCAGGCCUUUUAGAGGUGGUGCAAGAGGUGGCAGAGGAAGGUACUCUGGUGACUUUGCUCCGCAGCCAACACCUUUGGAGCAGCAGUGGCAACACGAUAUGCACGAGGAGGUACACCAGGAACCCUUUGCUGGGAACCGCCAACGCGGAGGUGGAGACACGCCGCGGUCCUUUGGACGGACGGUUUAUAAAGGAACCGUGCAGAUCCAGGUUCAUCUUCCAGAGAUGAAGGAUCCCAUAGUCUUUAGUGAGGUUCCUUCAAAGGUUUACACAAGGCUCCCGUACCACCGGCCUCCACUGCGCAGAGAUAAGCCAGUCAGGAUUGCUCUUCCGGAUGCUCCUGUACGGUACAUCUAUCCGAGUCCUACCAGGUCGUUCAUAUUUAUCCCCAGAGCUAUGAGGCCUGGGGGUUCUGGAUAUAUCAGAGGCGGGGGAGCUCGGGGUAGAGGAAACUUCUACAGCCAGGGAAGAAGUGUGUACGGAGGUUCCACUAACUAUUCACCUUCAGUGGGUCAGGUUACGCAUCAGCAGCAUCAGCAUCAGCAGCAGCAGCAGCAGCAGCACCCACAUCCUCAACAGUUGCAGCAGCAGCACCAACAGCAACAGCAGCCGUCGCCACAAAGCCAAUCACAGGCCCCAACCGCUAUUGUUGAUGCAUCUUCGUCGAGGCCUUUGGAAGAAACCCCAACAAGGCCUGUGGUACCCCAGCAUCCGCCGCCAUCGUACACCCCGUCAGUGAACCCUAUUCCAUACCGUGAGCAUAGGGCUACACCAAAGAUCCCUAUGCAUCAGCCACGCCCUCAAAAGGCUGUUAAUGUUGCUGAGAUUGAUUCGCCGGCAGUUAUGCAUUACCAGGGAUACAAUGGCGUCUAUCCUGAGAAUAUCCCCACACCCAAUCUCCCACAAAACAUGUACGCCCAUUCUAGGCAUCCGUCCUACCCUUCGCAGACAUCGGGAACACCACUUUCGCACAUCCCGGAAGGCGCUGUCCACGCUAGAUCUUUCCACCCAUCCCAAUAUCCGCCACAGGGAGGCUACUACCCAUACCCCCAGCAGCCAAUGAUACACCCAAUGCCCCACCAGCAGCCCAUGCACCAUGAUCCCCGGACUUUUGUCCCCCCACCACCCCCGUAUGUUCCUUCUGGUCCUUCGCCCAUGCCAAAUGGGGCUCCCGGCCAUUAUGUCAUGCACCCUGUCCAACCGCAUCAACCCCAGCCGCCUGUGCCAUCCGCCACACCUUCUGGUCCCACUACGAUUGCGCAGGAGAGUAACGGAAUGGUCUUCUACUCGACUGUUCCAAACGUUCCAGCUUGGGACCCGAACCAGUACUACUAUCCCACGGCAGUCACCCCAGGGCCGGAUGGCCCCGUGAAUGGUGUGCCCACGAACGGGGCGGUGUACUAUUAUCCUCCGGGCCCUCCUCCCCAGCAGCAAGGCGUCUACUAUGCUCAGUAG